GUGGAGGUCGCGGAUUGGGACUAUGCAUGGCCGAAGGGCUCGUAGAGGCUGGCGGCAAGGUGCAUUGUCUCGACCGACUACCAGACCCCCCUCAAGCAUUCCAAGAAGCUCAGGCCCGUCUCAAGAGCAACACCGGUACGAGUUUGGAGUACCAUAGGGUAGACGUUACAGACGAGCAGGCGAUGCGAAAGUGCAUCGGCGGCAUUGCGUCGGAGCACCAACGGCUCGACGGCCUCAUUGCAGGUACGGACAUUUUCAGACAUACUGCAAGCGGCAUACUAAUCAUUCCUUCUCCAGCUGCCGGUAUCCAGCAAGUCACACCCGCGCUCGAUUUCAAGAAGGAGGACAUCGCAAAGAUGCUCGACGUCAACUACACCGGCGUAUUCUUAGCAGCCCGAGAAUGCGCCCGUCAGAUGAUGGAAUACAAGAUCCAAGGCUCGAUCUGCCUGGUCGCAAGCAUGAGCGGCACGAUUGCCAACAGAGGCUUCAUCGCGCCCGUUUACAACUCGUCCAAGGCGGCGGUGGUACAACUGGCACGGAACUUAGCCAUGGAGUGGGGAAGAAAGAAUUCAGAUGGCUCAGGGGGUAUCCGAGUAAACUCUCUGAGUCCGGGUCAUAUCGUUACGCCGAUGGUGCAAGCCAACUUCGACAAGGGCGAGGCCAGCCGCGAGGAAUGGGAGAACAACAGCAUGUUGGGCAGACUCAGCACUCCUGAAGAGUACAAGGCUGCGGGACUUUUCAUGUUGAGCAAGGCGAGCAGCUACAUGACUGGGCAUGAUCUGAAGUUGGAUGGCGGUACUACCGCUUGGUAAAAAGGCUGUUAUCGCAUUGUAGGAUAUGUCUUUUCGAGCGUUCUCAGCGACGGGUAGGCGUUGGUAUGGGUUAACGCCGGUCACGAAACAAUGUAGUUUUUGACAAGCUUUCCAAAGUUGUAUCAUCAGACUUCUGUCAAGUUAGCGCGAAUUCGUGGUCGUCUCAACGUAUUGAAGCUGGAAGUGUGAUGGCAAGACACGCGCCUCCCAGUCGCUGUUCUAGUUCAGGGUCCGCACGCGCCUUCCCCACUCCGCGCUAGCUUACAAUCGGACCAUCUGU